AUGGAAAACAUUGCCUUAAGCAUCAAGGUGGAAUUAUUCGUGACGACAUCACGCACAAGACCAGUGUCUGUCAAAGUUGACACGCCGAAAUCAACCAGUCCGAGGAUUUCAGAAAGUUUUAGCGUGGUUGCUGGACAGGUCAAACAGCUAUUCUUCGAUCCAAAAAUCCGAAUGUCUGGAAGCUCGAAAUCCAACAAGGGAAUCCGAAUUGUUGCCUCUGAUGAAGUUGUCGUUUAUGGUGUUAACAAGGAGAGGUACUCCUGCGACGGGUUUGUUGCUCUGCCCAUUGACGUAUUAUCAGAGGAAUAUUACGUAGUCGCGUGGUAUCCUCCCAGCUAUCAGUGCGAAUUGCUUGUAGUUGGCGCGUACGACGGAACAAAAGUUAGUGUUAAGGUUGGAGAACAUGUGGGAAGUCGGUACAUUUAUUACAACAGAAAAAGGUAUUACAAAGGUAACACGGUCUCUGAAACCCUCAAUAAAUACGACACGUGGCAAGUAGUAAUGACUGGAGAUCUGACCGGGUCCUACGUUAAGUCAUCCCGCCCAGUGGCAGUUUUCUCCGGAAACAAGAAGACACGAAUAGGAAGGGGAAGUUCCUCUGACCAUCUGGUGGAACAGAUGACACCAGUGAAGACAUGGGGUAAGGAGUUUGCCACCGUCCCCAUUCCACUAAGAACUGUUGGGGACUAUUUUAAAUUUAUUGCCAGUGAGGACAACACGAAAGUGACCAUAUCUGGUGGGUACCGCUCCUCUUUCACCAUCUCCCGAAAGGGGCAAAUGGUGCAGAAGUUGAUCUCCUCCAAGGCGUAUUGUCUGGUGAAGGCAUCCAAACCCAUCCUAGUGGUCCAGUUUGUUCAAUCUCAGCAGAGCUCCCGGGAGCAGUCUGAUCCAGCCAUGAUGAUUAUUCCGCCAAUGGAACAGUUCGGAGCAGACUACACUUUCUCCACACCAAAGUACUCCCUUGGGUCUUACAACAAUUACUUCAUGUUCAUCGUGAAAAAGAGCGAAUACAAAGGUCUGCGGCUGGAUGGUAAAGCAUUCCCCUCCAAUACGCGAUAUAAUACUAUAUCCGGCACGGACCUUGUAGGUGGCUACAUUUCGGUAAAGGAAGGUUCCCACACAGUUCGUCACACCUCGCCAAUUUCCAUCUUUGGAGGUUUCCUGUACGGACAGGCUAACUAUGAAACCUACGGCUUCACCACAGGAAUGCGAAUGGCUAAUGUCAAUGCUGUGUGUAUCAAAACGCCGACUAGAGUUGGAGACGGUAUUGACAACGAUUGCGACGGAAAGAUCGACGAAGAACUAUGUACUCCUGAAAAUAGGAGAGCGGAUGAUGACAGAGACGGUAGAUUUGACGAAGAUUGUGCCACACCCCCUCCAAUUGACGGGAAGUGGGGAUCCUGGGGUUCCUACGGCUCCUGCUCCUUAAAGUGUAUGUCGUCCUCCUCCAGCCGGGGAUUGAAAACCAGGAAGCGGCCCUGUAACAAUCCCGCGCCUGCGUAUGACGGCAAACAGUGUGUCGGAAGUGAAACCUCCACUAUAAGUUGUACCGUCUCUACAUACUGCCCAGUGAACGGUAACUGGGGUUCCUGGGGAAGGUGGUCGACCUCCUGCUCUAAGACCUGUGGAACAGGGGUGCAGACCAGAGUUCGUCCCUGCAACAAUCCAUCCCCCAAAUAUGGCGGGAAAACGUGCUCUGGAACCUCCACUUCAACCAAAUCCUGCAUCACAAAGUACUGUCCAGUAAAUGGUGGCUGGGGUAGCUGGUACUCCUGGGCAAGCUGUUCUAAGAACUGCGGAGGAGGAACCCAGUCCAGAUACCGAUACUGUAACAGACCCUCCCCUAAAUAUGGCGGGAAAUGUAUCGGGGACUCCAGAUCCACACGCUCCUGUAACACCCAGGGAUGUCCAGGUGAUGAUCGGGUUUCCCAUUACUAG